AUGAAUCUCCUUCACGAAUGGAUCAAACCGGACCUCGAAGCUGAGCUUCAACGGCUCGAAGAAGCUAGCCAACAGCUUCGAAAUCAACGGAACUCAGCCCAAAUCAACAGGUCCCGCAAAAUAUCGAAAUACUGGAGAUUAAAGGCUGCAGCCAAAGCUGAAUACCAGGCCCAACUGAAAUCAGACCCGAAAUCCAAACCCAUUCUAGAAUCCAUACCGAAACCAGAACACUGCAAGCUCUCCUAUGACGAUACUCUCGUUGCACCAAUAGACUGGAGCCCUCCUCGUCAUAUUCAGUCUCCACUCAGGGAAACGAAGCAUUACGUUCAAAUUGUUCAAUUAACCUCUGAAGUCGAUCCUGAAAAACCGUUCAAUGCUGUUGUCACCGACGGCCAUGUUUCAAUCCCAGCCUUGUUCAAAGUUUGCAGCAGUUGGACUGCUCAUCCAGCCCUUAUCAAAACCGGCGCGGUCUUCCAGAUUAGACGAUAUAUUUUUCGCUUCCCAGGCUCCUGUUCUAAAAGCUGGGAAGAGGGUCUUACAAGAAAUGACCAAUUAAGUCUCGCCAGAAGUAUUAGACAAGGACCGAAACGCCCGAAGUCUUUGAAAUAUCCAUCGAUCGCUGCUUCCAUAGGUACUUACCGAUGGGAGAAUAAUUUUUUGCCAGCAGAUGGACUACUCCUUGAGAUCGAGAUUUCAAAAAUAAUUCCGACAGCAGAAUCCAAACAUGAUAUCUCCCCACCGUCAAUCGAAGAUAACUGGAAGCUCAUGGACAUUGUGAACCAAUUCCCAGUCCUGCCCAUACGGAUUCCUGGGUUGGAUCUUUGGUCUACCGAAAUAAUCGAAGAAGUUGCUGGAAUAUGGUAUGGCGAAAUAGCCUGGUACAGGUUUUCACAAUCUAUCAGCCCUAGACAGUUCCAGAAACUUCCAAGCAUAAAGACUACCUUCUUAAAGCGACUUCAAACUGAAGGCAAAAUCAAAACAGCCGUGAGAAGGGCACGGAGGAAUGUCUUUGAGCCCAUAUAUCAUACCGAGGGGCCAAUUGGAGGGCUUUUCGAGAUCCGGCAGGCGUACAGGGACCUCCAAUUGUUAUUGAAGAACAAACCACAAACCCCUGUUCUAAGAAUACCAGGCACCAACCGUCCCCUUCAGAACCAAGGUUACUCAAACUCCCCUGAGGAAGACCCCGAAAUCACCUUCCAAUCCCAGGAGACGACGACAGGCACCCCUCAGUUUGCAACCCAAUUCCCGUCAGUUCGUCAUGUUUCCAAAACUAGACAUGAGAAAGAAUACCGAGAGAAUCUGGAUCUAGAGAAAAGAAUAGCAAGGUUCCGAUAUGAUUUAGAUCCAGUGGAAUGCGAUAAUUUCAGUGAAAUCAUGCGUACCCUUUAUGUAAGGGCACAGCAAGGCGAUUUCGAAACUGGGGGAGAUACCUCAUCCGUCUAUAGACAUAUUUCGGAUUUUUAUGCUAUGAAGAUUUUGGCGAAGGUUGAGAUUACCCGUGUUAAGCCACAAGCGUCGGGUGUUCGCUCCUCACGUCCUUCAGAACUGAGGAAGAACAAAAAGGAGGAACCUAUUCAGAAAGCAAAGAAGCCCGCAGAACAACCUCGUCUAGAGGCGCCUCACAGAGAAUCCAGCAUCAUGGUCCCCUCUCCUCGGGUGGUGGAUUUAUCUGGUCGGGAAAAGCUGCAAGCAGCUCUUACUAAGAUCAAGAAGCAGCAAGCCAUCGAGGCUGCCCAGAAGGCCUCUGGAAGCCCUGUUGCCGUUCCAGGAAACCAAUCACGCCCACAUAGUUCUCUUGCCAUUCCAGCCUCUCAUCGAAAGGUACCAGAAGACAAAUCUUUCCCCCAGUUAACAAAGAAGGCGAGUUCGAAAUCCUUGCGUAGCCAGGAAGAUGCUAGAACCCCUAUGAAUAGAGUUUCUCCUCCUCCUCUCGAUGGGGAUCCAAUGGAAGGUGUUACUGUGCAUAUGGCAUCACAAUAUCAAGAUUCAUCAAAUGGGCUACAAAGCAAGAUGGGUAGAUUGAGUGCUAGGCGUUCUAUGCCGGCGUUGUUGGAAGCCCCUAGGGCGAGAUCUGGCAUGAAACUUACACAGAAUGGAUCCUCAGCUAAACGCAAGGCACACGAUAGGCUGUCUCAUCCAGGACUAAAUGAUAGCCAUUCUCCCCAAAUCUCCGCCCCCACUCCGGUAUCUAGAUCACCUAUUGUUCUGGAUCCGACUCCGCCAUUACCUGAAAAGGGAACUCUGAGGCUCUCAAGGAAGGAAGUUGGAGAAACGUCGACUCGAAAAACCUCAGCCCAGGAUGAUCCCAAGCAAUCCACGCCUGAGUAUGGACGAAGAACCCCUGCCGGUUUUGAGAAGAGAAACGGGUCUGCCCCGCCGGCUCCAUUUGGUAGUGAAUACGAACAACCUCCCACCGGCCUACAGCAUCCCCAACCUCGGAAAAUGAUGCCACAACUCCAAGCAAUGGAGACGGAGAAAUCUGUUUCCCCGCAAUUGUCAUCACACAGCCCUCCCAUCGUUAUUAAGGCUGAACCGUCGGAUACUGUCCCUAGAAUGGCUAGUCUUCCUGAGGCGCGGGAAGCUAGUCGGCCGGACACUGAAAUGACGGAACCGCCGCAGCCCGAGGAUCUCUUAACUAGGCUUAAUACGAUGCUCCAGCUUAUCCAAAACGAAAAGGAUCAAGAUAAGAUUUUACCUGAAAGAACUCAAGUCCCUGAAGACCAAGCGAGGGAACUAUCAAAGCACACUGCCCUCUGGCCGCUUCCAAGGAAGGAACUUCAGAAACACAUGCGAGCGAUACCGAAUCUUGAGCCAAAGGAUAUUGGUGCCCCUACUUGUAGAUUUCCAGAAGAUUUCGAACCCUACAACUCUACUAUUGAAACGUCAACACAGCCGGGUACUCAAGCAAACCAGAAAAGAAAGGAAACGGCGGACUUGACAACAGUUAAUCAACCGAAAAACCUAGUCCCUGGCGAACAACAUGUCUUUACACUCACAAACCAAUCUGUCGAAGAUGACUCUGACGACGCGCCAGUUGACGGCUGGGAAUCAACCCCACGCUCCAAACUAAUAGAUCCAUUUGAUCGGCGGAACGAGGUGUCUGAGAACUCUGACGCCGAAUCUCUUCUGGAUGGUAAUCCGCCCCCUGCGUCAUCAAUGCAGUCACCAAAAAUAUCGGGGCGUGAACAAACUCCGAAGAAGGUUAAAAGUGCUCUGGUGAAGACAAAUACACCUGUGCCUUCUUUGCGCAGAUUGGUGGCCGAAAAAUAUACGCCACCUGUAAAGAGGAUUGUGGGGGUUCCUUUACCUUCUUCGCCGGAUGGAGAUGACGACCUUGCUGAUAAUACGUACCAAAAACGGUUUACAGCGACUAAAAAUACUGCUGAGGCUAGACACCAGACCGGUGAUGAGAAUGAUGAAAUGGAAGAGAUGAAGCCGGCCCACAAAGGAGAACGGAUUGAAAAUGAAAAGGGAGAAGGCGAAGAGAGCGAAGAGAGUGAGAAAGAAGGUGGAGAGGAGGGGGAGGAAGAGGGGGAGGAAGAGGAGGGAGGUAAAGAAGUGGAAGGUGAUGAAGAGUACGACGACGAAAAGGGGGGUCAAGAGGAAGGGGAGGAAGAAGAAUGCGAAGUCCAGGUCUACCAAACCCAAUCCUCGCCAAAUCUUCGACACCAGACUCCACGCCGCCGGGAACCACAACCAGAUCAAGUGGUCCAAGUCACACCAAUAGCGAUUUCUUCAUCCCAGCUCGGAUAUCCCGGAGCAUCGCGUAGUUCUCCGAACACUAGCAAGCGAAAAGCAGACCAAAUUUCCUUUUCACCAGUCAAAGCUGGUUCUGCAGUGUCGCCGAUGAUUCGAGGACCUAAAGUCUUGAAGAUCGAUGGGGCGGAGCAGGUUAUGGGGACUCUUAUUCAGCGGGCUAACGCCGCCAUCGCUUCUAGCAAAGAGGGUGUGCGCCAGGACCUGAAUAUUUCACACGCAGACCUUGCGAAGGGGCUGCCAGGGAACCAGGGUAAAGUCCGUGCUAUGUUAGACCAGCUACAGGAGAAGUGGUUUGCUGGUCUUUCUGACUCAGAAUCUGAUUUGCACUAG